GUCUGAUAAAUAAAAAUCACUACAACAAUAGGGGCUGCGAGUGCUAAAGGAACCCUGGCGACGCCGCCCUGAGGCAAAUAAUCACCAUAGUAGUGGCUGGCAUGUGUUGAGAGCUCUCCGCACUGGUGUCAGUCCGCCAGUCAUCAUUAUAAGCCAUCGUCUCUCUUUCAUAAGCUAACGAAAAGUGAACCCAGAGUGCUUAAGUAAAUUGUCCCAAAUCGCACAGCUAGCGAGUGGGGAGCCAGAGCUGGAAACCGGGUGGUCUGGCAGCAGAAUCCGCGCUCUCCAACGCCUCCUUAUUUUGUCCCCCUGAGCUGGUGAAUGAGUAAACUUCAGCGCCGCACCACACGCCCAAGUGGUUAGGCAGGUAGCUCUGGCCCGGGGCAGGGGGCGGAGACUAGCCCGCCCUGGGAUCCGAGAAGGCCCCCUGGAGCACGGGUCGGGGCUGGGCCUGGAGGCCGCAGCCUCAGCCAGCGGAGGAUCUGCGGAAGGUAGAGGCACCUUCUCAGAUGCGCACGUCCCGCGCCAAGGCUGCCAGGUGUGAAGGUCAGGUGCGCGGGCAGAGAGGCAGCUCUGCCUUAGGGAGCCGGUGGCCCUCGCAGCCCACCCUCCCGCAGCCGCAGGGGGCCCCGGGCGCCCCUCCUGGUCCCGAGCCUUGCGUUUUCAGGGAGCGCAGGCUGCGCUGGCGCCCUUCCCUGGACUGAGCUGCAGCCUCUGGGCGCUGGGUCUUUGCCCCCGCCGUCUGUCGCCGCAGGGCAGGACACGACGUGGGACCGCCCCUACGCCUGCCCGACGGCCCUGCGCCAGGCUUUAAAAGCCUGCCCCGGGAGGGCUGUAGGCGCGGACAGACGCGGAGACCUGCGAAAACAAACUCCGGCCCGCGCCCCGACUGGACUGCUGACAGGAGCAGCCCCAUGACGGAGCAGGUGGCCCUGGUGAUUGGGGGCAUCGUUGCGGGGCUGCUGUUGUUUUUCGGGGUGAGCUGCUGUCUCUGGAAGAGGAUUUGUGCUGUGUUCGCCUAUAAGGAGCUGCCGGGGACCACAGCUGCCUCCAGUGGACAGGGGUGCAAACUCUACACACCAUGUGCCAGGACCCAGUCAAGCAGGCCGAGUGUGCCAUUCAUGGUGCCCCCUUCCUACCAAGACCGAGACUGGAUGCCCAUGAACAGCAGAGAGUGGGCUCAGGCCCCACAGGAUGCCCACCCAGCCCCAGAGCUCCCACCCUACACCCCCAGUGGCAGCCUUGGAGAUGCAUGCGUAGUGGGGACCAUCAACCCAGAGCUGUACAAGUUCCUGGAGGACAACAGUGAGACCGACUUCCCUGAGGGCUGUCUGGGGCGGCUGUGGUUCUCAGUGGAAUACCAGCAGGAGGCCGAGAGGCUGCUGGUAGAUUUGAUCAAGGCUCAGAGGCUGCAAGCCCCCUCAGAGACCUGCAGCCCCCUGGUGAAGCUCCACCUGCUGCCCGAUGAAAGGCGCUUCCUCCAGUCCAGGAUCAAACGCAAAACUGCCAACCCACAGUUUGAUGAACACUUCAUCUUCCAGGUGUCCAGCAAGAGCAUCACUCAGAGGGUGCUGAGGUUCUCAGUGUACCACGUGGACAGGCAGAGGAAGCACCAGCUCCUGGGCCAGGUGUUUUUCCCCCUGAAGGACGAGACCCUAGAGGGUGACUGCCGGCGCAUCAUCUGGAGAGACUUGGAGGCUGAGAGCUUGGAGCCUCCAUCGGAGUUUGGCGAUCUCCAGUUCUGCCUCAGCUACAACGACUGCCUGCACCGCCUGACUGUGGUCGUGCUGCGCGCUAAGGGCCUCCAGCUCCAAGAGGACCUGAGUUUUGCCACUGCAGCAGCUGAGAGUAAGGGGGCCUUGGCACCUGGGGCGGGCAUGUGCCCCCGCAGCACGACCUCUGCAGGCCAGAUCCUGAGCCCCUUCCCACCCUCCCCGGCCCGCGGUCUGCACUGCUCCACAGGUGUGUCUGUCAGAGUGUCUCUGAUGAACCACAACAAGUUCAUCAAGUGCAAGAAGACUUCCGCUGUGCUGGGCUCCGCCAACCCUGUGUACAGUGAGACCUUCAGCUUCCAGGCCGGCCCCACAGAGCUGGACACUGCCAGUCUCAGCCUCACCGUGCUGCAGAGCGCCGAAGGGGACAAGAGCCACCAGCUGGGCAGGGUGGUGGUGGGCCCCUACAUGUAUGCCCGAGGCAAGCAGCUGGCACACUGGAACGAGAUGCUCAACAAGCCCAAGGAGUUGGUGAAGCGCUGGCAUGCGCUGUGCCGCACCACCGAGCCCUGACUCGCCGGGCCCUCGGGCCUGUUCAGCAGCCCUCGCCCUCUCUCCUCACAGCCACGUGUGACGCUUCAUCCGGCAUCUCACUGGGCUGCCAGGCCAGCCCGAGCCAAGGGAAUGUGGGUGCUGAUGUGCAGAAGGGAAGGGGGGCAAGAACGCCCCCACCUGGGACAGCAGUGUGGCCAGUUGCUGGUCACUACUCGCCCGCCAGAGAGACCCUCCUGACUCAUUCUGUCCUCCUUCACCCAUGGGGCAGCCUGGACUUAGAAUCCGGGUCCUUGGCCGUCAUGGCCUGGAGUAAUCGUGGUUAUCACCUGAACUGGAAUCUCAGGCACUGGGGAGUUUUCCAUUUGGUGACAGCACAGCUAUGCAUGCUGAAUGGAAGUUCCGGGUACGCUUGGUUCCACCAUCUUGGAACGCCAAUGUGUCGAUGCAAACCUGCUGCAGUUUUUCUGCUGAAGUUUCUCUGUGUUCUGCCUAAUGGAGAAAAUAAACUGCUCUGGGGGAAAUAGUAGGGGGUAGGGGAUGUCCAAGCCCUUAUGUAAGUUGGUCCACAAUACACAGCUCAGUCUGAGAGUUGGGUUCCCAUGUAGGUUGGAGCAGUCGCAGGAUGCCCCCAGCUCAGGGAUCACAACUUCUGGUGUCAGAAUAUGUGGGAGAAUGCUGUGAGCAGCCCGCCCAGAUACCGGGUAGUGGCCAGGUCCUCGGUAUCCCUGCCCUGGGCCUGCUGAAGAGGGCCUCACCACACUGCUCCCUCCCUGGGGCUGUGUCCCAUCCUGGCCCACAUCAUGGCAAGUCCUGCCCAUAGAUCACUCCACAAGAGUCCAAAACCCCACACCCCUGGUCUUACAGGUGUUUAGCACUGGUUUCUGUGUCUUGGUUAAGUGUUCAGAUCCUGGGGCUCUCGCUUUGGGCAGGAAAUGAAAGUAUGUGGCUGAGCAUAGCCCACAGAGCUGAAAGCUUUUCCUAUAAACCUAGCCAUUUCAUCAUAAGUAUUGUGUGAGGUAGGUGUCUGUAAACUUCAUUAAGAUGGAGUUUCCACAAAUCACUGUCCUCAACUCCCAGUAAAGUACUCACCGUAAUGAGCAGUUAUUGUGCUUGUCACUGUCACUUAACAGGCAAUUUCUAUUUUCACCCAAAUGCUGUUGAACUUGUAGAGACAACAUAUUGUUAUUAUAUAACUAGAACAAAACUUUAAACCUCCUCUUUUCUUAGUGAAACAACUUUUUCUGCAGUGAAACAACUUCAGCAAAGGAAAGUAGUACAUGUUCCACUUGGUUUGUGUGUCUCUUGACUUACUUCACUUCCAGUCUCGAUGCACAAAUAUAGGCUUUACCUGGCAGUGGUUUGUAUAGACAGAAUAUCCCAUGUUUGCUUUUUCUCAAUUAUUUCAGGUGCACAUUUUCAACAUAGUCCACACUCUUGUAAUGCCUAAUAGUGUCAUAGCACACACAUAAUAGGAGUUCUCUGCAUGUUUGUAUAGCAGGCUACUAAAAUGGAACUGUUUCCUUUUCACCUGAGGUCCUGAGACAACAGGUGCCAACCACCCCCACAUUUCAAGGGGACUUUCAUGCUUAUCAGUGGCCUUUUCAGGGCCACUUGGAAGUAUCACCUUUGCAGAAUUGAGUGGACUGGUAUGUCCUACUCACAGCUGAAAAAUCUCAAUGUCAAGUGACUGGCAGGCUCUCUGCUCUGAUGGAGAGGAAGUAGGGGUUGUUGCUCUUUGGGGCUGACCCCUGUCUACAGAAAUGGUCAGGGCAAAAAAUACACAAGUGCUCCCAUGGACCAGAGAGAGCUGGCCUGGAUUGUCUCAAUCUUGUCCACAAGGUGACUUCAGCAGGACAAAACCCUUUACAUUUCCUUAAAUAUCUGAGAAUCAGCUUGUCAGUUUCCACACCAAAAAGUGCUAGAGUUUGAGUAGAUUUUCACUGAGUAUAUAGACCCACUUUGGGGCCGUGUGUUAUUUUUACAACAUUGAAUCUUCAGUCCAUUAACAUGGUAUAUCCUCCUGUUCCUUUAGGUCUGCUGCAAGAAAACUGUUUCGUGGUUUUCAGGAGAGUGUUCUUGCACAUCUUUCAUUAGAUUUAUUCUAGGUGUUUUAUAUUUGUUGCUAGUAUAUAAGAUUCUGUUGAUCUUUGUUCAUUUAUAUCUAUGAGUGGCCUUGCUAAAGUCACUUAAAUUGUAAUAGUUUGUCUUUAGAUUCUUUGUAUUUUCUUUAUAGUCAUGAUCUCUGUGAAUGGCAGUUUUAUUUCUUCCUCCAAUCUGUAUGCCUUCUUUGUCUCAUGCCAAAUUGCAGUGGCUGGGUAAUUGGGCAAGAACAACGAAAGACAUCAGAUUGUAAAGGAAGAAGUAACAUUAUAUUUGCAGAUGACAUGGUCUUGUAUAUAGAAAAUCCGAAGGAAUCCACAAAAAACUAUUACAGCUAAAAAACAAGUCCAGCAAGGAAGCAAGAUUGAUAUACAAAUUGCACUGGCUAGGGCCUUUAGCAGAAUGCUGGCUACAAAGAGUGAUGGUGAAUAUCCAUGUCUCAUUCUCAUCUUAGGGGAGAAGUUUUCACUAUUGACUAUUUAGUUUGAUGCUUGCUAUAGGACUUUCAAUGUACUCGUGAUCAUGUAGUCUCAAUUUGUUAAAAGUUUUUUUUAAUCACAGUGUUGAAUUUUAUCUAAUACUUCUCUGCAUCUUUCGAGAUAAUCAGACUUUUAUCCUUUAUUCUUUUAAUGUGAUGAAUUAUAUUGAUUGACUUUUGAAUGUCAAAGAAAACCUACAUUCUUGUAAUAGAAACCAGUGGUGUUUGUCUAUGUGUAUAUGUAUAUAUAUAUAAAAAAUAAUACUUGGACUUGUUUAUUUAAAA